AUGCCCACACUAGUCCCUGCGGCUAUGUACUCUGCUCCAGGCGAGCCUAAACCCACAUACUUUCUUCCUGGCGAGGGUCUACAUACCACUGACGGAAAGACCACCCAGAUCUCAGAUGUCGUGAUCGGUGCUGGAGGUGAAGACAGGGACAAGCCUACGCCUGCUCUGAAGACACCUUUGGGAUCGCUUCGUGCUCAGUUGACGACGAUUCAAGAUCAGCUCAAUGUGUUUCUCACAGAGAAGAUGCUGAACAAGAGGAAGCAUGAGGAUGACGAUGUGGAACGUCGUAUUCUCGACGAGGGCAUCGAUGAGGAUAGCGACUGA